AUGCUCACGUGUUGUCUGUCUGAGGAGAAGAAGAUCGCACAACGCGUCAGCCAGGAGAUUGAAAAGGAAUUGCGACGUUCCAAGCGAGAGUCCAAACGCGAACUCAAGCUUCUGCUUCUCGGCACUGGAGAGUCUGGCAAGUCAACGUUCAUCAAGCAAAUGCGGAUUAUUCACGGAGACGGUUUUUCGAAGGAGGAGAAGCGGAAAUUCUCACGGCUUGUUUACCGGAAUCUCAUUGCAGCUAUGAAGUGUCUCAUUGAAGCUGCGACAUUUUGCAACAUUCCGUAUUCUGGUGCUAAAAGUGAAGACUACGUGAGGUUGGUGAAAUCUGUGGAUUGCUCAAAUUUGUUGGCGUUGGACGCCGAAUUGGUUGAAGCCCUGAGGGCACUCUGGGCCGACGCUGGGAUUCAGCAGUGUGUCAGUGAUCGCCGUCGGGAUUUUCAUCUUCCGGAUUCGGCUCAUUAUUACCUUUCGGAAAUGACGAGAAUAUCUGAUGUGGAUUACUUGCCGUCCGAGCAAGACAUCCUGCGAGUGAGAGUGCCUACGACGGGAAUCGUCGAAUAC